AUGACAAUUGACUACUCGACACCUGGAAAAGUGAUCUUCCGCAUGGACAACUACGUGGAUGGAAUCGUUUCCGAAGCAAAAGACGACAAGUUCAUGAAUGGAACCUCACCAGAUCCCGCUUCAGAGCAUCUGUUCGACACAUCUGAUAACGAUGCAGUGCCUCUGAAUAGUGAAUCGGUGGAAUACUUUCACACGAUGGUGGCAAAGCUGCUUUUCGUGUCGAAGUGGGCACGACCAGAAAUACAACAGGCCGUGGCGUUCCUGACAACUCGGAUCAAGUCGCCUAAUGAACAUGACUACAAGAAGCUCAGCCGAGUGAUCAGAUAUCUCCGCGGGAACCAACCCACAUCUCCCUUUGACGCUCGAAGCAGACGAGAGCCACGUUGUGAAGUGGUGGAUCGAUGUGUCUUUCGCUGUGCACUCUGA